AUGUAUAAUUGUCUACGAAUAGGAAUUCGAACAUUUGCUACGAAGGUUGCAAUGAAGCCACGUGCUGUUGUUGUCUCUGGUCCGAGCGGAUCUGGCAAAAGUACUUUGAUCAACCAAUUGUUCGAAGAAUAUCCAACUGUAUUUGCCUUUAGCGUUUCUCAUACCACACGAACGCCUCGGCCCGGUGAACAAAGUGGUCGAGAAUAUCAUUUUGUGUCACGAAAUCAGAUGGAAAAAAUGAUCGCCAACGGUGAAUUUCUCGAAACAACCGAAUUUUCCUCCAAUCUCUAUGGAACAAGUAAAAAAGCUGUAGAACACGUGGCUCAAACGGGUCGCAUUUGUGUUCUGGAUGUCGACAAGCAAGGUGUGAAAAGUAUUCGCAACAGUGAUCUCCGUGCAUUAUUCAUUUAUAUAAGUCCACCAAGUUACGAAAUCUUAGAAAAACGUUUACGCGAUCGUAAAACUGAUACUGAAAGUGCGAUUGAAAAACGUUUGAAAGAGUCAAAAGAAUCUAUGGAAUUCAGCAAACAACCCGGCGUUUAUGACCAUAUUAUAUUAAACGACAAACUCGAUGUUGCUUACAACGAUCUCAAAAACGUUCUUCGUAAAGACAUCGAAUCCGCGUUGAAACAACAAAACAAAUCGUCAUAA